AUGAGAUUCUCUAAUCCACCCACUGCUGAUGACGACGAAGGGAUGUGGUACCCAGUUAAUACCACUCUUGAUGCCAUAUUUGGUGUAGACUGUAUCAAACUCGAAAUCUCAAAAGGACCUUUUGGACUUCCAUUGGUGGUGGAAUGGGUUCAGCAAGCGCGAAAGCACCACACUUGGGACGGCGAUUCCGACAAGCUUAUCAAGAUCAAGUUGGAUAAUAUCAUAUCUGCGCUCCAAGAUGCGGGAGCUGAAGAUCAUGAAGUGGAUGAGCCACAUGAAACGAAUUCAGUUGUUGGUAACAAACGUCGAAUCAGUCGAAUCAGUCGAAUCGAGUCCAACCCCACGACCUCGAACUCCUCGAACUCCUCAAAGUCCAUGGAUGAUCCAAAGCGUCCAACCAAGCAAUUCCGCACAGCUGCUCCCGCCAAAAUAUUGGAUGGUGUCAUCAAUUCAUCAGAAGUCAUCCUUGUGCUUUCCUCUGACGAAGAGGAACGCAGAGGCUUUUCCAAGAAAAAUUCUGCGAAACGCAAGCUCAGAAACGUCAAAGUGGUGAACUUAUGCCCCUUAUCAACUCCCAAUAAGAACUGUAACCAAUGCAAGGUGGAGACCCGCCUUGGCGGUAAACACUUCUCCUGCCACUGUGGAGCAAAAUCGAUUUGGCUUAGUGGUGGACGUGUAAGACCAGCGGAAACUCACUGGGCCACCGAGAUUUGUAAGGACAAAACCGAGCAACUUAGAAGCAAUACUCAGUUGACUUCAUAUUUUACAAACUCGACAACUUCCAAUUCGAAAAUGAUUGAGGUACCUUGUCCAGGACUACACAAUGGCACGUGGGAACGACCAAAAGCUCGACACACUAUUGCACACUUCCUUUCAAAAACCUUUAGCGUCUAUUGCGGAAACUUCCGACAUAAAAUCUGCCAGGACCUUUUUGGAGCUCAUGCACAAGAGAGCAAAUUGACGAAAGAACAGAAAUCGAAAUUAAUGACAACUCUCGACGCUCAAUCCAAAUGGCAAGUCAAACAACACGGAGAUCGUAAUGCAAUCUACUCUAGCAACUGUGAAAAGACAUUCCUUUGUAAUAGGACCAUCAAAAACGCCAUAUGUACUCCUUGCAAACAGGUCAAAGGAAUGCGUAGCUUAAUCCGAGCCCUUAAUUCGGAUUACGCUGAAGAAGAAACUCUCAAGUACACUCCCAACAACUUAAUGGAAGAUCACCAAACCAUAUUCUCGCCAACUUUGCUGAAACUCGCUGACUUUCGACUACUCCAAACAUCCAUUGAAGCCGCCUCCAAAGGGGAUUUUUCUGAUUUCUUAACGGUCAUGGCUGCCUCGGCUAGGAACGGUUUGUUUGAUAAUUGUGAUGCAGCACGUGCCAUGAUCAAAGCGGUUGCAGUGAAGGCUGAACGUGUCAAUUCUGGGAAAACCACUCGAGGUAUGAAGAUAGACUCAUGUCUGGACGAGUUUGUCAUGACACUUGGUGCCAUCAGUCCACGUGCUCUAAGCCUCUUCAACGACAACUUUGCCGGUCGUAGCCAACACAGUCUCCGAAUGAUACGAGCAAGAGACGACAUGCAUCUACUUGAUGGUCUUCACAUCACCAAUUUCAAUCGAAUUUCUCAGGUUCUGAAAGAACUUGGCUACUCCGGUCCAAUUGCAACGGCUUCUGAUCAAACAGUUUGUGUAAAGCGCCUUCGCCAUCACAACGGCUUUUUGGUUGGCGCUCAAGGCGGCGAUAUAUCUUUCGAUGAUCCUUCUGAACUUCCUGAUCUUGUUAGAUCGGUUGUUAAAAAAAAGAGCUUUGCUCUAAAUUGUGAUAAAGAAACUUCAAAUGAUAUACUCGAAAAUCAUCACACCUUCUUGAAAUUGUCUCAAGACGCGGGUAUCAACAUCUUAUCAAUUGGAGCCGAUGGUGCACCAACCGAGCUAUGUGCUCAAAUUGCGCUUGCGGAGUCAGCAACUCAAUUCAUUACGUACGAAAACUCAGAUUACGAUGUUCACGUCAAAGUUCCUCUUAUGGGUAAUCCUCCUCGACCAGUUGUAAUGGUUCAAGAUCCUAAGCAUGCCCGUAAAACUGGUGCAAACCAGUUGGGCUCCGGAGCCCGUCUGAUUGUCAUGGGUAACUACCAUGUGUCUAUACAACAAGUGGCUGCCAUUCUUCAGUCUGGACGUAGUCCUCUUCUUCAUAAAGACGUAUUUGAUUGUGAUAAGCAAGACGACGGGCGAGCAUUCCGAACUUUGAACUCGGGAACACUUGCGGUUUCGCUAUCCAACGACGACACACUUGGUUUAUCAAUCUACCUGUUUUUAAUUGGGGAAAUGUGUGAUGCAUGGUUGAACCGAAGGAUUGGACAUCGCGAGAGGAUUCGAUCAGCAUGGACCGCCGAGUUCUUCUUAAGACAUUGGAAGAAGUGGCUUCUCAACCGACAAGCCGAAUCUCACAAGCUAAUGAGCUUUUCUCAAAACUGUCUCACCGAGAAUACUACCCGAACUAUCCAUUGCUCCCUUGGAAACAUGAUACAUGCCAUUGUCAAGAAUGUCAUGUCAGGCCGAAUAAAGUUACCAUCAUCAGAGCACAUGCAUGCUGGAUACCAGUAUGCAUUCUCUGACGAACCUAAAGACGAGAAUCUCGACCUUCUUGCCCAGUUUCCCACUGAUAGCGAGAUAUCAGAGGAUCUGGCUGUUGCCUAUGAGCGGGCUGAUCAACUGGCCCAGGCCUCUGGAAUGGGCUCUCUCAAAUCAUUAGACCAGGAAGUUCCGGCACCCGAUCUUGACGAUUUGCAUGUAGAGUCACCUGAAAACUUCUCAGAUAUAUCGGUAUGCACGACUCAACAAUAUGAUAUCUUGUAUGAAUACGAAGGAAACGUUCUUCGUGAAAAGCAAGCUCUUGAAGCUGCUGCACACUUAACCAAGGAGCAAAACUCUGUCGACCUUCUUGAUGCCUUGCCCGAAGAUGCCCAUACUAAAUCAUUACAAAAUGCGGCGAUAGACAUUGCCAACCUUCUCAAUCCAGCCCCUGUAGCCGAGCAGCAUAACCAAAAAUCGAAUGACUGGCAAGCGACAUAG